UGUAUUCUUUUUUUCAGUAUGUGGAGGAACCAACUGACCUUCCUUUUGUUGAUCUUGACAACCAUUUGGACCUCGUUCUCACAGCCCAGAAAUGGUAUACGCUGUGACUGGAAUAAACCUCCUAUACCCGAGGACUGUCCAAUCAGUCAAGCUGAACUAGAAUACAUGGCAGAUCACUUAGAUGUACAAGUCAACAGUGUGGAUAAUCUAAAGGAUAACGGCAGAACACACAUCAUACAAAUUCAUCUUCAUAACAGUGGGACGCGCACUAUUCGAGGGAGCUUGUGGGAGCUUUUUUUCCACAGUUUUUUCAUGGUUGAACCCGAUCAUCUACCAGAGGAAAAAGUAUACGUAGAUGAAGACUACAAAGUUAAAUAUAGACAUGUGACCGGAAGUUUGUUUUCCCUGGCCCCAAAGGAGGGAUUCAAGGACAUUUUACCAAAUAAAAGCCGAAGCAUAGAGCACCAAGCUAAAUACUGGUCAGUUUCAAAGUCUGAUUUCCUUCCUAACUGGUAUAUAAAAGCGCAAGGCUUAGAACCACGGGUUAUCAAGUCCACAAACAGCAAGUCGUUUGCUGGAGACAUAUCGUCUGCUAAACAGUGGAAACGGUUUAAAUAUGACCAUUAUAAUCCAUUCACUUCACAUGAUAGAUUCGAGCAGUUCGACUCGCCCAACAGAUAUACAAACGGUCCAUCUGUGAUUCCGACACCAAAGAAUUUCUUUGAGUCACGGUCAUUUGGUCAGAUCAAGGUAGAUGAUACUUGGACCAUCGGAACAGACAAAGGGGCCCGACGAGCAGCCAAACUUUUAUCUGGUGAACUGAAGCUCCCCUUGACAGAUCGCAUUAACGGCCAUUCGAUUUCCCUCCGUCUGGUUGAUAACGACAAAGGUCAUGAGUGGUACUCCAUAGAAUCCAAUAUAAACGCGCCCAGCAUUAUUAUUACUGCCAACUCACAGGCUGGUCUUUUCUAUGGUGUCCAGUCUCUCAUCAGUAUUCUUGACAGAUUUAAAGAGAAAAGAUCAAAAUUACUCUAUCCCUUCUACCUGGAAGAUGAGCCUCGUUAUGAGUAUCGCGGGCUACGAUUGGAUGUGGCAAGGCACUUCCGUACAAAAGAAGAAGUUAAGCGCUUGAUUGAUUUGAUGUCUCUUUAUAAACUAAACAAACUUGGUCUUAUGUUGACUAACGACGAAGGUUGGAGGAUAGAUAUACCGUCUUAUCCAACAUUGGUUCAGGUUGGUGCCAGGCGCUGCCACGAUCCGGACGAGGAAAAAUGUCUCUUGCCUCAGAUUGGUAACCCAGUUAGCACAGAUCCGGAGUAUUACACUGGGGACGAUUACAUGGACAUCCUUCGGCAUGCCAGGGAAAGAAACGUGGAGGUCAUACCAGAAGUUAAUAUUCCAGGACAUGCUUAUGCUUUAAAAAGAGCAAUUGAAUCUUUUUUUAAACAGAAUAAUAUCCCUCUCUGGUCGCCACCCGGCAAAUCACAAUUAUCGAUACAAAUGUUUGAAGACAACAUGCUUAAUCCUUGCUCAGAGGCAACAUAUACAGUUAUGAAGACAAUUAUGAAUCAGAUUGCCAUGUACCAUAUGCGUGCACAAGCACCGCUCCGACAUUUUCAUACAGGCGGGGAUGAUAGUUACACAAUGGAUCGUUGGGUAAACUCUUCAGACUGUCAAAAACUGAAUAUGCGCACUGCUCAGGCAAUACAGAACAUGUUUGAUGACAGAGUAUCCAGAAUGAUAGAGAAUAUUGGAGCUAAUGUAUCAGGUUUUGCUGAUGGAUUUAUGAAUGCAGAAGGUGCUCCACAGGAUCUCCGACUUUUUCACACACCGGAAGUGACUGCUCAUUACUGGAACAAUAAAUUGAAGAGCGACUUUUCUACAGCGUAUAAACUAGCUAAUGCAGGGUACAAGGUGGUGCUUGGACCUGCCUCCCACUUGUAUUUUGACCAUCCGUACGAGCCAAACCCUGAGGAGAAUGGCCUGUACUGGGCCACACGUUACACGGAUUCAAGAAAAGUGUUCUCUUUUGAACCCAAAAAUAUUUAUCAUGACAUCACAGAAAAUAAUUCAGGGGAGUCGAUAGAUCAGGAAAAGCUUUGUGGAAGGUUUCAGGAGAAAUGUCCACGUCUGAGGCGGCCAGAAAACAUCAAAGGUAUAGAAGGAAGUAUUUACGGAGAGUUGAUUCGUUCAAGGGACAUGCUAGAUUAUAUGUUGUUUCCGAGACUAUUGGGUCUAGCGGAGAGGGCGUGGCAUAAAGGAGCCUGGGAAGACAUUGAAGACGACCAUAAAAGGAAGAAAGCGAUGAAUGACGACUGGCAGCGAUUUGCAAGGAUUGUAGGCUCUAAGGAACUCAGGCGCCUAGAUGACCUUGGCGUUAUGUACCGUAUUUCCCCAGCUGGGGCCAAGUCUGACAGGAUAAAGAGGAUGUACACCAACACCGAGUUUCCAAACCAGGUAGUUGAGUAUAGCACUAACUCUGGUGCUAAAUGGAAACUGGUUCCUGACGACUGGCUAAUGAAAUCCUACAACAGCAGAAUACUAGUCCGGGCUGUACCAAAGGUUGGGAGGAUUAAAUCGAACACAGACCACCUGACGGAGAGAAUGGAGUACAGUGUGGACCAAGGGAAGACUUGGAAACUUGUGCCAGAUACCUGGCCACUGGCCAGCUACAACCCAAUCCUGCUCAGAACUAGGUCUGCAGAUGGAAAGAGACUCAGCAGAGAAACAGAAUUCGACCCUCGUGGCAUUAAUCCUAUUCCAAAUCAAGCAGACGUAGAAAAAAUUGCCAGAAAUCUGCACGUGACCUAUGAACUGGAAGAUAACCUUGUUAACCAAGAUAACAGCUUUCUGUUCCGGGUCGUAUUCCACAACACCGGAAGUGAGACUCUGGCUUACGGAAACUACAGUAUCUACAUGUACAACAUCCGUCUGUUACAGCCAGACCAGAAUCCCUACCCUAAUGGUUACAAGCUCCACGACUGCAGCCUAUGGCUACAUCACGUAGGAGGGAGUUUAUACAGAUUAGACCCAGAACAAACAACUUUUAAGAUUCCACCAGGCGAGUCACUGUCCUGUCUUCUGUCUGGUAAACAAUGGCAGGUGUCUAGGACUGACUCGAUGCCAAACUGGUUCGUGGCGGCGGAGGGAAUGGAUCCAGUUGUAAUUAACAACACAGCCUCUGAGGAUCUCAGCUACGUCCACCGGUUUGAUACGUCUAACAAGUGGAAGCGAUACCCUGAGGACCAGUAUAACCCGUACUCUCCUCCAACUCGUUACGGUAUUCAUAAAGAUAUCGCUGAUAGAGGGCGCGCCUUAAAACCGCUAAUUCCAACACCAAAAAGCUUGUCAAUCAACAGUGAUAACCAAAUCAGGAUAGGGGGAUCAAACAAUAAAUGGUACAUCUUGCGCAAUGGAAGAUUCAGAGACGCUCACAGAGAUCUUGAUGAAUACUUUAAACUUACUGAAACAAACAAUCUUAGGAAACGUCCCAAUGUGAUACAACUUUUUGAGGCGCCUAUGUCCGACGGUAACGAAUCUUAUACAUUAGAGGUAGAUCCUCGUUUUCGGAAAAUAACUCUGAAGGCAGCUGAUUACCCAGGAAUGUUUUAUGCCGUACAGACUCUGAAGGCCCUUACCACAAAAGACGGGGAGACGUUUGUUCUACCGGAAGUGAAAAUAUCUGAUGCUCCACGUUUUCAUUACAGGGGAAUGCAUUUGGAUGUCGUUCGGAACUUUCACUCCAAAGAGGAGGUGAUGAAGUUGUUAGAUCUAAUGGCGAGAUACAAAUUAAACAAACUUCAUCUCCACCUGACUGACGACGAGGGCUGGCGUAUAGAAAUCCCCGAGUUACCGGAACUGACGCAGAUUGGUUCCCAGAGAUGCUAUGAUUUGGACGAAGAGGAGUGUAUCCUCCCCCAGAUUGGAUCAGCGCCAAUGCGCCCUAACACCGGAUCCGGAUUCUAUACAGCCGAGGAUUACCGUGAUAUACUUCGGUACGCAGCGGGCCGCAAUAUUGAAGUUAUUCCAGAAAUAGAGACCCCAGGUCAUUCCCGCGCGGCCAUUGUAGCGAUGGAAUCCAGGUACAAGAAAUUUAUGAAGAGUGAGAACGAGGUGGAAGCAAAACGUUAUCUAUUAAGCGACAUGGACGACAGUUCCCACUUCCUGUCCCACCAAACGUACAAACAUAACGUCAUGUCGCCAUGUCUACACACGACUUUUGACUUCCUUGGCCUAGUGACACAGACUUUAUCGGACAUGCACCAAGACAUACAACCACUGAAGACAAUGCAUAUGGGCGGUCCUGGGGGAGACGACUUCUCCUCCAAUGUGUGGAACAAUUCAAACGCUUGCCAAGAAUUGUCAGACACCCUUGGUGUGGACAUUGCGGAGCAACUCCAAGAGCAGUUUGUAGAUAAUGUGGCACAGAGGCUGCCAAGAGAUGUAGCACUGGGUGUCUGGGAGGGGGCAGUUAUGGACGAAAAGAGACCGCUGUACAGAUAUGGCAAAAAUCUAGGCAACAGGGAUGUGAUUGUCUAUGCCUGGAACAACAUCUGGGAGAAAGGACUGGGUGACAAUGCUCAUAUACUGGCAAACAAUGACUACAAGGUUGUGAUCUCCCACGCCACGGACCUGUUCUUUGAUCACCCCAGUGAGCCAGACCCGGAAGAGCGGGGUUAUUACUGGGCCUCCAGAUAUACUAACACCAGGAAAGUAUUUGGUUUUAUCCCUGAAAAGCUACUGAAUAACGCAGAGGUGUCACGAAAAGGAAUACCACUGACCAAAACAGACGUCUGCCCGGAAAUAGGAUGUGUAGAACUCACCGAGCCCUCAAAUGUUAUUGGUAUGCAGGGUCAACUAUGGACAGAGACAAUUCGGACUCCUGAUCAGCUGGAGUACAUGGCGGCUCCCCGUAUACUAGCGCUGGCUGAGAGAGCGUGGCACAAGGCAGACUGGGAGGAUAUUGAGAAUAGAAUCACACGGGAUCGUGAACGAGACCAGGACUGGGAAUCCUUUGCUAACACCCUGGCAUACCGUGAGUUAGGGAGACUGGACGAUAUGGACUUUAAAUAUCGUAUUCCACCUCCCGGUGCAGAAAUAAAAAACAAUAUAUUGCACAUCAACAGUGAAAUCCCUGGCCUUCCUAUUGAAAUCAGUGUAGACAACAAACGGACAUGGCGGCGAGUGAAUAACUCCAUACCAGUCACGAAGAACAAACUAAUAUACCUACGAACAACUUCUCCGGACGGUCGGCGACAUUCUCGUAUUGUGAUCGUGACGCCGGCAAUAUCCACAAGGGAAGAAAACUCCGUGUAUCGGAUGCCAUUCAUGGACCGCUUUCUCAAGUAUCUAGGAAUGUCCCUCAUCGAGUGAGCCUACACUGUAUAGUGACACCUACACUGUAUAGUGACACACUUCAUCAUCCAGUUAUCGUCAUCUUCAUCAUCCAACAGACAAGCCAUCCAGUAUGUGUCACUUUCAUCAUGCCAGUCGACAUUAUAAGUCAUUGUUACUAUGUCUCACCCAGUGAAUGUUACUUGUAGAAUCCAGAAUCUUCCCGACAUCAUAUCUACUUGCAGUCCCAAUCUUGCUGCACCUGCUAUCAUGCUAUAUAACCAUACAUAAAUGCACUCAACAUUUGCACAUAUUAUCUUUUAUACUUAUUUAUAUACAUGUAGUUGCUAUGUUGUUUUAUAUUAUAUAUGAAACUUUAUUUAUAUUUAUGAAUAAAAAUGUUACUGAAA